CGAGCCGGGCCUGCGCUGAGUUUGGUCCUUUCUGGUAAAAAUGGAGCGAACAAACCUGGGCCCAAACCUGCACGUGAAACGAGAGCUGUGGGCCGAGGCCGCGUUCUGUGCCGUAAAGCUGACCGUGCUCUUCUCUCGCAGGGCAACCACUUCGACCAGUAUGAAGAAGGGCACCUGGAGAUAGAGCAGGCGUCCCUGGACAAGCCCAUCGAAUCGGAUAAUAUCGGACACCGCUUACUGCAGAAGCAUGGCUGGAAGCUGGGCCAGGGCUUGGGCAAGUCGCUGCAGGGGAGGACAGAUCCCAUCCCAAUUGUCGUCAAGUACGAUGUCAUGGGCAUGGGGCGCAUGGAGAUGGAGCUCGACUACGCCGAAGAUGCCACUGAGCGGAGGCGUGUACUGGAGGUGGAGAAAGAAGACACCGAGGAGCUGAGGCAGAAAUACAAGGAUUAUGUGGAUAAGGAGAAGGCGAUUGCCAAGGCUUUGGAAGACCUCAGAGCCAACUUCUACUGCGAGCUCUGCGACAAGCAGUACCAGAAGCACCAGGAGUUUGACAACCACAUCAACUCCUACGACCACGCUCACAAGCAGAGGUUGAAAGAUCUCAAGCAAAGGGAGUUUGCUCGUAACGUCUCCUCAAGAUCGCGGAAGGAUGAAAGGAAGCAGGAGAGGGCCCUGCGGCGCCUGCACGAGCUGGCCGAGCAGCGGAGGCAGCCGGAGUGCGCUCCGGGAAGCGGCCCCAUGUUCAGAACCACGACUGUGGCUGUGGAUGAGGAAGGGGGGGACGACGACGACGCUGCGGCCAACAGCGGCUCGUUCCCCCAGACGUCGGGCCCGGGCGGGGAGGUGGGCGCAGACAGGGGUUUCCUAAACGUGGGGCACAUGGGGGGCAGCGCCGGGCCGGGCCAGGCACCCCUGCAGGCAGCACAGGCUGUCAGCUUUGGCAUUAAGGGCGCGCCGGGAGCCCCGCUGCAGAAGAUCGGCGUGUCGUUCUCCUUUGCCAAGAAGACUCCGGUGAAACUGGAGACCAUCGCUUCGGUUUUCAAGGACCACGUGGACGAAUCGAGUUCUGCAGAUGGAGCGAAAGCUGAUGAGAAAGGCUCCUCGGAUGGAGGGGGCCUGCAGAAAGCUGGAGAGGGCGAAAACACAAACAAUUCUGACGGCAAGGCGGAGGACGACGACCACGACAAGGACAGCGGCUCUCUGGCCACCACGCUGUCUAAACUGAAAAAGAUGAGGCGGGAGGACGGACCGACGGCGGUGGAGCCGGAGUACUACCAUUACAUCCCCCCGGCCCACUGCAAAGUGAAGCCCAACUUCCAGUUCCUGCUUUUCAUGAAGUCCACAGAACAAACGGAAGCUGAAAACGUGAACAAAAAAACCGCAAAUGAAGUCAGAAAGGGAAAUUCCCCUAAACCCAAACCCGGCAAGCACGUGGAGAAGGCAGCCGAGAGCACGGCCCCGCCGAAGGAGCAGAGUGCUGCCGAAAGCGGCGCUCAGCAGGGCGAGGGGGAGCAGAAGGAAGCCCCAGGAGACGUCGGCGCGCAGGAGAGCGAGAGCCUGGCAGAGAGCGGCCUGCCUGAGCCCGGCGGCGCUGCGCAGCCUGCCCCGAGCUGUAGGGACGCCCCAGAGGGGCCCAGGCCGCCGCCGGGACCCUUCAUCCCGGUCCUGAGUAAGGAUGAGAGCACCACUCUGCAGUGGCCGUCGGAGCUCCUCAUCUUUACCAAAGCGGAGCCGUCCGUCUCCUACAGCUGCAAUCCUCUGUACUUCGACUUCAAGCUCUCCCGCAACAAAGACGCAAAAGGGAAAGGGGCCGAGAAGCCCAAGGAUCCGGGCGGGCUGUGCAGGGAGAGCAUCCAGAACGCCGAGUUUGGAGAGGUGAGCAGAGCCAAGGAGGCGGACGGCAGCGCCGACGGCUCUGGGGGGGCGGAGAGCGGGUCGGUGUCCCAGGGCAAGGAGGGCUGCCUGCAGGGCGAGGGCGACGAGAGCGGGAGGAGCGGAAGCGGCCGGGGGAAGGCUGGCAAGUCCCACAAGCACAAGAAGAAAAAGAAGCACAAAAAGUCCAGCAGGCACAAACGCAAACACAAGGAGGAGCCCGAGGAAAAGAGCUGCAAAACGGACCCGGGUGAGGAGAAACCCAGGAAACGGAGACGGCGCCGGCACAAGAAGGUGAAAUCCUCUCUUUCUACCGAGUCGGAGCGGGCGCUGAAGGCGGAGCCGUGCGAGGAGCGCAGCCACUUGCAGAAGAAGAAACGCCGCUCGCAGGAGUCGCAGAGGAAAUCUCUGUCGGCGGAGGAGGGCAGCAGCGGGAAGAAGGAGGACAGCGGCGCCUCGCGCCCCGAGCACGGCGCCAAGAAGCGCAGGGCUGCCCGCCGCCGGUGCCCGGGGCCGCGCCGCAGCCGGCGGAGCAGCGGGGACGAGGACGACAGCGACGAGGGCUCUGGCGGCGCGCGCUCGCAGUACAGCGACGAGUACGGGUCGGGCAGCGAGCGCUCGCAGAGCCGCUCAGCGUCGGGGCGCGGGCGCUCGUCGCGGCGCUCCUACUCCAGCAGCUCCGGCGCUUCGUCCGACCGCAGCCGCUACAGCCGCCGCCGCAGCUACUCCGACAGCUACAGCGACUACAGCGCGCGGUCGCGGUGCUCCAAGCGCUCGCGGGACUCGGAGGACGACUCCGACUACGGCAGGUCGAAGCGGCGUAAGUACUCGUCCUCCGAAGACUACAGCUCGAGCCGGAGCAGGUCGAGGAGCCGCAGCGGGAGGUCGAGGACGCGCAGCCGGGGCCGGACGCGGAGCAGCAGCUGCAGCCGCGGUCGCGGCAAGAGGAGGAGCCGCAGCGUGACGGGGCGCAGCUGGAAGCGCAGCCGCAGCUACAGCCGCGGGCGCAGCAGCAGGAGCCGCUCGCAGCGCUCGCUGUCCAGGAAGGGCUCCCGCGGCCACGAGAGCCCCGAGGAGAGGAGGCCGGGGAGGAGGGAUUUCAUCAGGUCCAAGAUCUACCGCUCGCAGUCGCCGCACUACUUCCGAGCGGCGCGAGGCGAGGGGGCCGCGAAGAGAGAGGACGGCAGAGGGGAGGAGCCCCGGGGCUCCCAGAGCAGCGGCUCGGGCGCCGGCCGCGCCUCGGAGGGCGACUGCAGCCCCGAAGAGCGGAACUCCGUCACCGCCAAGCUGCUCCUGGAGAAGGUCCAGUCCCGGAAGGUGGAGAAGAAGCCCUGCGUCGCCGAUGAGAUGCUGGCGGGGGCCGGCAAGGUGGGCAUCAAGCUCAAAGACCCCCCGCAGGGCUACUUCGGCCCCAAGCUCCCUCCCUCUCUGGGCAACAAACCCGUGCUGCCCUUGAUCGGGAAACUGCCGACCGUGCGGAAGCCCAGCGCCAGGAGGUACGAGGAGUGCGGGAUGGAGAGGGGCGAGGAGCUGUCGGAUUCCGAGGGGGCGGAGGAGGCGCCGCUGGGCGGGCAGCCGCUGCUGGGGGACGCGGCGAUGGGGCUGCAGGACGCGGCUCCGGAGGAGCGGAAGCGCGAGGAGGAGAUGCCCUCCGCUCCCCUGGAAGCGCCGGCGCUGCCCGAGUGCUUCGGCUCCGGGGACCUGGUGCUGCCCCACUCCUUCCUCGCGGCCCCGGCUGACGGUGAAGCGCUGGAGCCCGUGGACGGGGGCGGCCAGGCCGUGAUGCCGCUGGUCCCCGACGUGGAGCACUUCCCCGGCUUCGUGCCGCAGGGCGGCGAGCCCGGCAUGGAGGGGGACCGCGACGGGGGGGAGGACGCCUCGCUCGCGCCGCUGGAGAGCCAGCCCAUCACCUUCACGCCCGAGGAGAUGGAGAAGUACAGCAAGCUGCAGCAGGCGGCCCAGCAGCACAUCCAGCAGCAGCUCCUGGCCAAGCAGGUCAAGGCUUUCCCCGCCUCGGCCGCUCUGGCCCCCGCGGCACCCGCCCUGCAGCCCAUCCACAUCCCGCAGCCGGCGGCCGCCUCGGCCACGUCCAUCACCACGGUGCAGCACGCCAUCCUGCAGCACCACGCCGCCGCCGCCGCCGCCGCCAUCGGCAUCCACCCGCACCCCCACCCGCAGCCCCUGGCCCAGGUGCACCACAUCCCGCAGCCCCACCUGACGCCCAUCUCCCUGUCCCACCUCACCCACUCCAUCAUCCCGGGCCACCCCGCCACCUUCCUUGCCAGCCACCCCAUUCACAUCAUUCCGGCCUCGGCCAUCCACCCGGGUCCCUUCACCUUCCACCCGGUGCCCCACGCUCUCUACCCGACGCUCCUCGCCCCACGUCCCGCCGCUGCCGCCGCCGCCACGGCGCUGCACCUCCACCCUUUGCUGCACCCCAUCUUCUCAGGGCAGGACUUGCAGCACCCCCCGAGCCACGGCACCUGAGGGGCACGGAGCCG